UUGACAGUUGGCAGACGACUGCGGAACGCGUAGCACCACCGCACGCGGUACAUCGGAAAAACGACACCUCAACGAGAAAAAUAUCCAUGAUCGGGCCGUCUUCGAGGACAUCCAUCGAUACGUCGGUGUGACAGUGAAGUGAGACGAAAGAGUGCUCUGGAUAGUGAAAGUGCGCGAGAGUGACACAUCGGCCACCCUAAAGUGCGGGCAGAGUGCUGUACAUGGCUCAGCCACGGGUGUAACUUAUAGCAUAAGGCCGUUACCUAGUCAUCAAAAUUCUCAUCAUGGAUGUUCUUCAGAAAAACUAUGACGAUGGCAUUCACCCGGGGUACAUGGACAGCGCGGCGGGUGGCAUGUAUGAACCCCACGUGGCUCACAGGCCCAGUUUAUCCGGUCUGCACCACUCCCCCCACCUCAACCAUGCCAUGCAUCCGUACCAUUCAAACCAUGUCAACCCCACCAACCACGUUAUGGGGGGAGCAGUACCUGAUGUUGGAAAACGAGAAAAGGACGCCAUCUACGGACAUCCUCUUUUUCCCCUAUUGGCUUUAAUUUUCGAAAAAUGUGAACUAGCGACAUGUACACCAAGAGAACCUGGAGUGGCUGGAGGAGAUGUUUGCUCAUCGGAAUCCUUCAAUGAAGAUAUAGCAGUUUUCUCGAAACAGAUACGACAAGAAAAACCUUAUUAUUUAGCAGACCCAGAAGUAGACUCCCUUAUGGUCCAGGCGAUACAAGUACUUCGGUUUCACCUCUUGGAGUUGGAAAAGGUUCACGAGCUGUGCGACAACUUCUGUCACCGGUAUAUAAGUUGUUUAAAGGGCAAAAUGCCAAUAGACUUAGUGAUAGACGAAAGGGAUGGUGGGAAACCGCCCGAACUGACGGGCUCGACGAACGGUGAUGGAGGCACGAGAAGCAACGCGGACUCCACCUCCCAUACCGAUGGAGCGAGUACGCCGGAUGUGAGACCUCCCUCGUCGUCGUUAUCAUAUGGAGGGCCAGUGAACGAUGACGUCAGAUCGCCCGGAACGCCUGGACCUCUCUCCCAACCACCCGCAUCGCAGCAAAGUUUGGACGCCUCGGAUCCUGACGCCAUGGGGAAGUGGUGUCCGCGACGAGAGUGGUCAUCGCCUACCGACGCCCGGGCAGCGACCGACGCUGCGCGGAGAGGCGUCCUCUAUUCCUCCGUCUUCCUCGGCAGCCCUGGCGAUGCAAGUAAUGCGAGUAUCGGUAGUGGAGAGGGUACAGGCGAAGAGGAUGAUGACACCAAUGGAAAGAAAAAUCAAAAAAAGAGAGGCAUAUUUCCUAAAGUAGCAACUAAUAUACUCAGAGCGUGGCUCUUUCAACAUUUAACGCAUCCGUACCCCUCGGAGGACCAGAAAAAGCAGCUAGCGCAAGAUACGGGACUCACGAUACUGCAAGUGAAUAAUUGGUUCAUCAAUGCGAGACGGAGAAUAGUUCAGCCGAUGAUCGACCAGUCGAAUAGAGCAGUAUUUUCUCCCCACGCAGGUCCCAGUGGAGCUUACAGUCCCGAUGGUACGAUGGGAUAUAUGAUGGACGGCCAGCAAAUGAUGCACCGACCGCCAGGAGAUCCAGCUUUUCACAACCAAUACGCACAUUACCCCGAAUACUAUGGACAUCACCUGUGAGGUUCUCCGUUUAGUGUCACAACGACAAUGGACAUAGAAAUAUGCAACUCUUAAAUGUGAUUAUUCUUUGUACAAAGUGUAAAUGUAGUGCCCCAGUGUAGUAAAAACGGGAAGAACUUGUACAAAAAGUAUUAGACUACUCGUGCUGACUGCUGUACAUAGAUAGUGGUGACGUAAGGUUAUCCCCGGAAGUGGUGUCUCACCGAGAAUUAUAUUAAAUACUGCACCGACAGUUAAAGUAAAAAGGACAACCGCAAAAAUCGUGUGAAGUCUUGUGGUCUCGUAGCUUAGGUUCCUCGAUGUGUUACCUAAACACCCUCGUCCUAGUCCCGAUCAGCCAACUUUCCCUUCCCCCCACCCCAACUCCCAUGUCUCCUAAAAACGAUCAGCCGAUCCUUCAAAUCCAACACCCGUUUUCUUCACUAAGAUCCUCGACGCAAAUCCAGGACGAACAACAAAUUUUCACCAAGUUUCAAUUCUCCAUUCAGAGAAGUAUAUUAUCAAAUGUUGAAUCGUUGCCAUGUGGUAGGAUCUGUAUUUAGUCAGAAAGGCAUUCUUAAAAUUCACAAUGUUCAAUGAGUUUCUUUAUUUCUUAUCGUUAUUUUCGUUUGAUUCUGGAUUUGUGUUGCUGUGAUCUAAUCUAUCCGUCAUCACGUUUCUAAAAAAAUUUAAAAGUACGACGCCGUACAUAAAAAAUAAUACAAGGUUGUGCUGUUGUAAAAAUAAUAGUUGUUAUAUCUGUUGUGAUUUUUUUGCUAAUUGAGAAACCUGGACUCUAUCCCUUUUAGUCCCGAUCAUGAUAUACGAUAUACGUAACUACUCAACCUAGAUUUCGAAAACUAACCCAGCGAGGAUCUCGCACGUCUAGGAUAAUAUCAAAUACACAAGUAUACAGAAUGUUGCAAAGUUACUCAGGUGGUUUUUGGCUGCUUACCAUACAAGUUAUAUAUCGUACCAUUAGAUUAGAAAUUCUGACCAUGACGUACAGUCGCUGCGUAAAUUAUGCAUAAAUUUAUUUCAUUGUGUUGAGCCCAAAAAUCCACAGUUAGAUGAAAAAAUCUACGACCCAAAUUCGGUUUGUUUGAAUAGACCCAAAAAAAUUCUUGAACGAGCUCAGGUGGAUUUUUGGGUAUCCGUUUGUAUUUGUAUUCGUGACUGUACCAAUUUUCUUUGUUAGUCCACCUGUCAAAUUAUUUGAUAUUAGAAAGUGAUCAUUUACUUGCCAGAAAAUUUAGGAGCUAUCUUCGGAUCGUCAAAACUGAUCCCGGUUAACUUUUCAGGUUAUGUUGUUAAUGUUGUUAUUUAUCUAAAAACUCAGGAUGAUCUGAAGAUACCUCUAAAGCGAGGCAAAAACUAUGGCUAUUCGUCUUAACGUCAUACACAGACGUAUACGAAGUUAGUGAUGUUAUGUAGGUUAUUAUUAUUAUUAUUAUCGCAUACUAAUGGCGAUUAGACGCAUAGCCAAGACAUUCUCGCUGAACGUCAAAAGUUGCAACGGUUCCUGCUCCGGAAGGAGUCAUAUCGUGCAAUAAACAUUUAUAAAACAAUUUCGAGAGUGUGAAUUAGGAGGUACGAUUCAUUGUAAGAUUAAGUUAGCCCUACUUUCGAUUCGGGAAGCCGUUGCGACUUUUGAAUAAAGACGUGAACUAACCUUUGAAUGUUUAUAUUUACGUAUUUUUCGUUACCUUUGUUGAAGGUGUAGGUGAGAGGUGGGGGUAUUGUUGUAUACCAUUUUGAACGAGACCCUUUUAUAGUUUUUGAUCUAAUAUACUGGAGUUAUAUUGUAUAUAUUGUAUUAAGUAUAUUUAACGCCUAAGCUACAUUGUAUACCGACGACGCCCCUCCAAAAAGGGCCCCCUCCCCCGCCUCACCCUACCCCCUGUUUUAUUGUAAAUAUACCUCCGAUUAAGAAUGUUGGCUGUUCGUUUUGAGUGAUUUCCAUCAUGAAUCAUCGCCUUAUCCAAUGUAUACGAAAAUUUGAAAAAUCAAUACAGAUCAAUGAGAGAAUAUCGUACCUCUAUGUUAUAUAAGUAUGAGAGGAAUCUUUAAUUGUGUUCUGCUUUUUAAUGAAAGUAUAUAUUAAUAUUAUAAACGAUUAUGGGACGAGAUACCUCCUAACUAAUUUGGUAACGCCGUGUCCUCUGUAUAGUGUUUUUUUGAAACGUGAGCAUUAAAUGCUACAUCUUGUGUACUUAUAUAAA